CUUAAAAGCGACUCGCGCCGCGCGACAUCGUGAAUCGCGGCCUGUAACAGGAGAUGAACCUGUGUCCCCGUGAGACCGAGCCAACCUGGGUGACAUCGGCUCGCGGUUUCGAUCAGUCGCACAGUCUAUUCAGAUAAAAGGACUCGUGUUCCUACUCCUCUGGUUCACCAUAGCAUACUCUUUCAUCCAAUUCCUGUGAACAAGUGAUUGUGAAAAAUGGAAGAACUUAACAAGGACCAAAUUGCCAUCUUGAAGAAGGCCUUCGAGGCGUUCGACCAGGAGAAGAAAGGCUGCAUCGGCACCGUGAUGGUGGGCACCAUCCUCGGCAUGCUGGGCCACCAGGUCUCCGACGAGACCCUGAAGGAGAUCAUCGAUGAAGUUGACGUGGACGGUUCGGGAGAGCUGGAGUUCGAGGAGUUCGUAACCCUGGCUUCCAGGUUCAUGGUUGAAGAAGAUGCGGAAGCGAUGCAGCAGGAACUUAAAGAGGCAUUCCGGUUAUACGAUAAGGAAGGUAACGGCUACAUCACGACGGCUGUGCUUAGAGAGAUCCUAAGGGAGCUGGAUGACAAGAUCAGCGCCGAGGAGCUCGACAUGAUGAUUGAGGAGAUUGACUCUGACGGCUCGGGAACCGUUGACUUUGAUGAAUUUAUGGAGGUCAUGACAGGCGGUGACGACUAACUUCAACCAACAUCCAUCACCUUAUCCAAAAGAACCAUCCAAACCCCACAGAUGUGGUCGUAAUGUUAUGUUAAAAAUUAAGUUAUUGUUAAUUUAUUGUUAAGCUAUUUUUAAUAAACCAACAUUUUUCAUAAGUAA